GCCUGACGCCUUCUUGGGAGAUGUGAAAGGAACUCCAAGCAAGACUAAAGAAAGUAGUAGAGAGGGGGUACAAAGCACCCCUCAGUCUUCCGGGGAAGAGGAUUCUGAAGAUGACGAUACCGAUCUGUUUGUGAACACCAACCGAAUAACGUACGACUUUAUGGAGAGCGAGGAGAGCAGCGACUCCGAGGAAGAAGAGAAAUGACCACCAGAUUUAUGGAGCGGAGCCAGGCUGGCUGGGGAAUUCUGGGAGUUGAAGUCCGCACGUCUUAAAAUUGCCAUGUGUGGCGACCCUUACUUUAGGGGUUCAGGCGCCCCAACUCAGCCUCUCAAAGGACUACCAGAUGACAAGAUCAUCAGAAGAGGAAUAGUUGAAACUCUUGGGUUCAUUUUUAUUUUAUUUCUUUUGCAUUCUCCUUCUCAGGGUGUUUUGAGAGUGGGCUGCUGCAAUUCCCCCAGUUAAA